GCAUCACUUCAUCAUCUAUACUUUCCUUAAUUGAUUCGAAUUCUUUUCUCGCGCCUGCGUGUUGGCGCUGUUCCCGCCACUAGGCUUUACCUAAUAACUACCAGCGUCAUGGAGAACACCGAGGGCAAAACAUACGAGUCCAUUCAUCCUGCACGCGCGCAUACGCAGCAUGACAGAGGCAGUGUCAGGACAGAAUCGAUUGACAACACCAACGCCCAUAACUCGGAAAAGUACCAUGAGCAUGGCGGCGUCAAUGUCUCCAGAGCUGAAGCGGACUUCGCAGAGCUUUCCCAGGAACUCUCGCGGUCGAGCAAUGUCUCACGCAGAAUGAGUCGCGCCCAUAGUCAUAAGAGUCACAAGAACCACACUCCCGCCGACGUUGAGAAGGGCGUUGAUUCGACCGAUACUUCGUCAGAUGAGCCUUUCGAUCUUGAAGCAACAUUGCGCGGUAAUCGAAGUGAGGAAGAGGAGGCAGGCAUCAAAUCGAAGCGCAUUGGUGUUGUAUGGGACGGCUUGACAGUAAGCGGAGUUGGAGGAGUCAAGAACUACGUCAAGACCUUCCCGGAUGCUUUUGUUUCAUUCUUCAACGUGUUCGAGACUGUCCAGAAUUUACUUGGACUUGGCAAGAAGGGUAGAGAAUUCGACAUCCUGAAAGACUUCAAAGGAGUGGCCAAGCCAGGAGAGAUGGUACUUGUUCUGGGCAGACCUGGAUCAGGAUGCACGACUUUCCUCAAAGUGAUCAGCAACCAGCGGUAUGGAUAUACCAAGGUCGAUGGCAACGUGCUGUACGGCCCCUUUGAAUCCGCUUUUUUCGAGAAAAGAUACCGUGGUGAGGCUGUGUACUGCGAGGAAGAGGAGAACCAUCACCCAACACUCACAGUCGGCCAAACCCUCGACUUUGCUCUCGAAACAAAGGUACCCGGGAAACGACCUGCUGGACUCUCACGACAGGAAUUCAAGGAGAAGGUCGUUAACCUGAUGCUCAAGAUGUUUAAUAUCGAACACACCAAGAACACCAUUGUUGGCAACCCCUUCGUGCGCGGUGUAUCUGGAGGCGAGCGCAAGCGUGUUUCCAUCGCCGAGACGAUGAUAACUGGCGCCUCUUUGAUGUCUUGGGAUAACUCCACUCGAGGACUGGAUGCAUCUACAGCUGUGGACUAUGCGCGAAGUCUUAGAGCCUUGACAAACAUCUACAAGACCACCACUUUCGUUUCCCUCUACCAGGCAUCCGAGAACAUUUACAAAUGUUUCGACAAGGUCCUUGUCAUCGACAGCGGACGCCAGGUGUACUAUGGACCUGCCAACGAAGCCCGGGCCUACUUUGAGGGACUCGGAUUUUUGGAGAAGCCUCGCCAGACGACCCCAGAUUAUCUCACUGGCUGCACGGAUCAGUUCGAGCGUGAGUUCAAGGCUGGAAGGAGUGCGAAUGAUGUUCCAGCGACACCAGAAGCGCUCGCCGAGGCUUUCAACAAGUCCCCGACUGCAUCACGACUCGCUUCCGAGAUGACGGAGUAUCAUGCACGUAUGGAUGAGGAGAAGCAUGUCUACGAUGAUUUCCAAACCGCCAUCAAGGAAAGCAAGCGCCAUGCAUCUAACAAGUCGGUCUACUCGAUUCCGUUUCACCUCCAGGUAUGGGCGUUGGCCAAGCGGCAGUUUCUGCUCAAGUGGCAGGACAAGUUUGCCCUCACAGUCUCCUGGCUCACUUCUAUUAUCAUCGCUAUUAUCAUUGGUACCGUUUGGCUCGACCUCCCCGACACUUCCGCUGGUGCUUUCACCCGUGGCGGUGUUAUGUUCAUCGCAUUGCUCUUCAACGCUUUUCAGGCUUUCUCGGAACUGGCAUCAACUAUGAUAGGACGGCCCAUUAUCAACAAACAUCGCGCAUUUACCUUCCAUCGCCCAUCAGCUCUUUGGAUUGCUCAAAUUGGUGUCGAUCUUUUGUUUGCGUCAUGUCAGAUCCUGAUCUUCUCAAUCAUUGUGUACUUCAUGACAGGCCUCGUAAGAGACGCUGGAGCUUUCUUCACCUUCUUCCUCGUUAUUACCACCGGCUAUCUGGCUAUGACGCUCUUUUUCCGAACUGUUGGAUGUCUCUGCCCUGACUUUGAUGUUGCUAUUCGACUCGCUGCCACAAUCAUCACAUUGUUUGUGCUGACAUCCGGAUAUCUCAUCCAGUGGCAGUCUGAACAGGUGUGGCUGAGAUGGAUCUUCUACAUCAACGCCUUGGGUCUUGGCUUUUCCGCACUGAUGAUGAACGAAUUCAAACGCUUGGACAUGACCUGCGCCGGCACCUCACUCGUUCCAUCUGGCUCCGGUUACAAUGACAUCAACUCACAGGUCUGCACUCUUCCAGGAAGUGUAGCAGGAUCCAGCAUUGUUUCCGGCACCGACUACAUCAAAGCCUCUUUCGCCUGGGACCCUAAGGAUCUAUGGAGAAACUGGGGCAUAUCCGUUGCUCUCAUCGUAGCAUUUCUGCUAGCCAACGCUUUCCUCGGAGAGUUCGUGAAGUGGGGCGCAGGUGGUCGAACUGUUACCUAUUUCGUCAAAGAGGAUAAGGAACUUAAGGAGCUCAAUGGGAAACUACGUGAGAAGCGCGACAAGCGGAAUCUAAAGAUGGAGGGCGCCGAUGACAGCUCGGAUCUCAACAUCACGUCGAAGGCCGUUCUCACUUGGGAAGAUCUCUGCUACGAUGUACCGGUUCCCUCAGGCCAGCUGCGACUCCUCAACAAUAUUUACGGCUAUGUCAAACCUGGUCAACUUACUGCGCUCAUGGGUGCUUCGGGCGCUGGAAAGACUACGCUCCUCGACGUGCUGGCUAACCGCAAAAACAUUGGUGUGAUUAGCGGUGACAAGCUUGUUGACGGUAAAGUUCCUGGUAUUGCCUUCCAGCGAGGUACCGCAUACGCCGAACAGCUCGACGUUCACGAGCCGGCUACCACAGUUCGUGAAGCUCUCCGCUUCUCUGCCGACCUACGACAACCGUAUGAGACACCCCAAGCAGAGAAGUAUGCCUACGUCGAGGAGGUCAUCUCUCUGUUGGAGAUGGAAGACAUUGCAGACGCCAUCAUCGGUGACCCGGAAACUGGCCUUGCUGUUGAGCAGCGUAAGCGCGUGACUAUCGGUGUCGAGCUUGCGGCCAAGCCUGAGUUGCUGCUAUUCCUUGACGAGCCCACGUCCGGCCUUGAUUCACAGAGCGCGUUCAACAUUGUCCGCUUCCUCCGCAAACUCGCUGCUGCCGGCCAGGCUAUCUUGUGCACUAUCCACCAGCCGAACUCAGCUCUGUUCGAGAAUUUCGAUCGUCUCCUGCUGCUCCAGCGCGGUGGGCAAUGCGUCUACUUUGGUGACAUUGGCAAGGACGCCCACGUUCUGUUGGAUUACUUCCAUCGCCAUGGCGCUGAUUGCCCACCUGCUGCCAACCCAGCUGAAUGGAUGCUUGAUGCCGUGGGUGCAGGCUCCGCAGCUCGCAUUGGUGAUAGGGACUGGGCUGAUAUCUGGGCCGACUCCGAAGAGCUAGCUGAGGUCAAGCGUCACAUUGGUCACAUGAAGCAAGAGCGCGCAGCUGUAGUCGGGUCUGCCGAAGACGUUGUUCAGAAAGAAUACGCGACUCCCCUGAUGUAUCAGAUCAAGUUGGUCAACAGACGUCAGAACCAGUCGUUCUGGAGGACUCCCAACUACGGCUUCACCAGGCUUUUCAACCACGUCAUCAUCGCUCUGCUAACCGGACUGAUGUAUCUUCAGUUGGACGACUCACGUGAAUCGCUGCAGUACCGCGUCUUCAUCAUCUUCCAGGCUACUGUUCUUCCCGCUCUCAUUCUCGCCCAGGUUGAGCCCAAGUACGCCUUCGCUCGUAUGAUCUCGUUCCGCGAGCAAAUGUCCAAGGCCUACAAGACGUUCCCCUUCGCCCUGUCCAUGGUGGUCGCCGAGCUGCCAUACAGCAUCCUCUGCGCUGUGGGCUUCUUCCUCCCACUGUACUACAUCCCCGGUCUCAACUCCGAAAGUUCGCGCGCAGGCUACCAAUUCUUCAUCAUCCUCAUCACGGAGAUCUUCUCCGUCACGCUCGCCCAGGCAAUUGCAGCACUGACGCCUUCGCCCUUCAUCGCCUCCUACGUCAACCCCUUCAUCAUCAUUAUCUUCUCGCUCUUCUGCGGUGUCACGAUUCCCAAGCCCCAGAUCCCCAAAUUCUGGCGUGUCUGGCUCUACGAACUCAACCCCUUCACCCGUCUUAUCGGUGGUAUGGUCGUCACUGAACUCCAUGGCUUGCCCGUCGUGUGCACGUCCUCGGAGUUCAACGAGUUCCAGGCUCCCCAGGGCCAAGAUUGCGGAUCGUACAUGGGCGACUUCUUCUCCAGCGGCGCACCGGGUUAUCUGCUCAACAACGCGACGGAUGCGUGCAGAUACUGCGCAUACAAGAUCGGUGAUGAGUUCUACACCCCGCUCGGAUAUGAGUUCAACCACAGGUGGCGCGAUCUGGGUAUCUUUGCUGCCUUCAUCGCUAGCAACUUGAUCAUCUUGUUCCUUGCGGCCAAGUACCUCAACUUCAACAGGCGAUGAGCAGGGUUGCGGUCUGUCUUGAGCGCUGCCGUAUCAGGGCUGCACAUGUAUUGUUUUGUAUUUUCUUUACCCCGAUGUAUUUCACGGUCGUAUCUUCAAGAGCGUUGUGUAGCAUUUCCGCGUAUUCUCUAAAAACUUAGUUUAGUUCGCCUUCGAGCCUUUAUUUUGGCAAUGUAGGUAUAGAUCAGUACAACACCGCCGUUGGAUACUCAUUUACGUAGCAUGGGUUUUACAUGAUCCACGGCUUAAUCCGCGCAGUAUGGCUUGUCACGCAGCGCUUAGAAUAAUAUACUUUCUUCAUC